AGUCAAUCCAACACGCCCACGUCAAAGGACACAACAACCUGUUUAGACAUUGUCGGUCGGUUCCGAGAACGACGGGAAGCGAGAUACAGAAGAUCAUACUUUGCUCGUUUUGUCGCGGCCAUCGCCUCGAUCGCAAUCCAAAAACGCGCGCGUUUGCGACAUCAACACACACCCCCCAAAAGGAGAAAAAAAAAAAAAAGGUCUGUCGCACGCGCAAGUAGCUACGGCCACACAACAGCUUCUUGCUGCAUCGGCUCCAUCUCCAGACCAGGAUCUUUCAUACCUGCCGCUGCCGACUUUCUAAAUCCAGCAAGCUGCAUUUGACCUGCAGAGCGUCAUCCGCCACAUCUUAGCUUGCGACCCCUCCACAAGAGUGACUUCGAUUUGUCGCCGCAUCGAGCUUCUCGCACCACCUCCGCACCCCCUCAAAGUAACACAUACCUAGCACCAAUUGCCUCUUCCAGUGGCUAAGCUGGGGUAUUAAUUAUACCAUGGGUAAGUCUGUUUAAAAAAUAAAACAAAAAUUAACUCCGCUCAACCUCGGGAACAUCGCCCAUUGAAGCCACCCAGGAGAUGGUGGCAUCCUUGGUUUGACUGCUGUUGAGUCUUUCCCACUCUUGCACUUUUUGUCUCGCAGCAGCAGAACCUGCUUUGGUUUCUCUGGAACUUUUCUUUCUCUUUGGCAUCUUUCAAGAUAAUCCCUCGCAUACAAUCGCUCUCGCUCAAGAGCCCUGAAGCUUGUCAUUCAUCCCUCAACCCACACUCCGAGGAGCUUGUUUCACUUGCCACCCCAGGUACUAUCUAUCUGAUCUGCAUCAUUCCACUGGAUGGAUAUACUCGUGCCCCGUCUACCUCUCUAGCGGAUUCCGGAGAUAACUAUCGCCCUCGUGAGAGGUCUCGAUCGCCUCGUCGUGGCCGAUCCAGGAGCCCAGGACGCACCGGAAAUCGUCGAUCCUACUCGCCGCGCAGUAACCGAUCCCGUAGUGCCGAUCGAAACAACAGGAGGAGGUCGCGGUCUCCUAUGAACCAGCAGGGCCAGCUGGCUGGAGGAUCGAACUCGGGCUAUGGUGGAGCCCCCCGGUCGAACGAAGAUCGUGUACAGGCCAGGGAUAACAUGAUGAGCAACUUGCGCGAGAACUCCCAGCAGGACCGCCGGGUCUACGUUGGUAAUCUUUCUUACGAUGUUAAGUGGCAUCACUUGAAGGACUUUAUGCGUCAAGCCGGCGAAGUCAUUUUUGCAGAUGUGCUACUUCUCCCCAACGGAAUGUCGAAGGUGGGCGUCUAAUCGAGGGCCUUUUCUUGUCUCAUGGCCUCUUUUUUCUAUCUCGGAUCCUCGUACUGCUUGAAGGAAUUGUUGGAUUGACGGAUGGGUCGGGGCAUUGGCCGCGAGUGAUUGUAGGGAUGCGGAACGCGGUUGCCACUCUGAGCAACCAAAACCUCAUGGGUAGGCUGGUAUAUGUUCGCGAGGACCGAGAAGCCGAACCUCGCUUCCAGGGCGCUAACAACGCCCGCGGUGGUUUCGGCGGCGGCGCCCAGGGUGGCUUUGGCGGCGGCGGCGGCGGUGGCGGCGGCUUCCCCAUGGGAGGUGCCAGCGGCCCUCCGCAAGGGCGUCAAGUCUUUGUCAACAACCUUCCUUACAACGUGGAUUGGCGUGAGAUGAAGGACCUUUUCAGACAAGCAGCUCGUGUUGGCGGAGUCCACCGUGCGGAUAUCCACAUGACUCCUGAUAACCGACCCAAGGGUUCCGGCAUCGUUAUUUACGACCACCCCGAUGAUGCAAACAACGCUAUCCAGCAGUUCAAUGGCUACGAGUGGUACGGCCGAACGAUUGAAGUGCGCAUGGAUCGCUUCGCUGGAGGCGGCUACGGUGGUGGUGGUGGUGGUCGCGGAGGCUUUGGCCAGCGUGGUGGCAUGGGCGGCUUUGGUCGUGGCGGUUUCGCCGGACGGGGUGGCUUUGGCGGUGCCGGAGGCUUCGGUCGUGGCGGCUAUGGCGGCGGCGGCGGUGGUGGCUUCGACGGAGGUCACAUGGGUGGCGGUCCCAUGGGUCCCGGUGCUGCCACGGUGCCGCCAAACCCAUUCACAGACAAUGCCACCGCUGGUACAGACCGGAGCGAGACCAUUUACGUUCGCAACCUUCCUUGGUCGACAAGCAACGAGGAUCUUGUUGAACUGUUUACCACUAUUGGCAAGGUCGAACAAGCAGAGAUACAGUACGAGCCCAGCGGACGUUCUCGUGGUAGUGGUGUGGUACGGUUCGACAAUGCCGAAACCGCCGAGACAUCUAUCGCGAAAUUCCAGGGCUACCAAUAUGGUGGACGACCCCUAAACUUGAGCUUCGUCAAAUACGUCAACCCCGCCGGCGGAGACAGCAUGGACACUGAUCCGCAUGUUGGGCUCACUCAAGACCAGAUUAUGUGAAACAUUGAUUCUGGCCUGGGUUGAGCUGGUCAGGGUCUGGCCAUGGAUGAUUGAAGGGAGAUAUCUUCACGAUAUGUCAACCACCUGAGACCCGUCUGCAAAAUCCGUGAAGCACUUUGCUUUCAAAAGCCUUUAAUACUGUAUACCGUGUUUUGAGUUCAAAAUCCAAGAUUGCCUCUCUCCUUUCUUCCGUUUCUUUCUGAUUUAUUCUGAAGUUCUUCCAUUCUGACACAUGUUUAUAUUCUUGGGAGUCAUAUGUUGGCACUGUCAAGUGCUCACCUCAGGUUAUAUCAUAACAACCGAGGAUUUUAAAAGCUGGACGCUGCGAUUCACGUUGAGCCCUCCGGCUCGGGUGAUUGGGGGUUUGCAUUUACGGACAUUGGCUUUCUAAGAAGCGGCUCGUCAAAAAUAUUGAAAUUGAACAUGAUUUUUGUUUCUGUUUUGGUUUUUGGUUUUGGUUCUUAUCGCGGUAAUAAGAUGUUCGAUAUUUGAGCGGUAUUGGAUCUUAUGGUGUGAGGGUUUAACCUCCGAAGGACAUUGUUCUGGAAAUGCCAUCAGUUGUUCCCAGCUGUGUUCCCGUCAUAUCUUGAUGUGGAUAGGCCAGGGGACUUAAAACCACCCCGAGGCAACGGCAUACACGGCAGGAAUACCAGCCGUGAAAGCAUAGUCUCGACAGGAACGGCUUUUUUAAACGCAGCUGACAACGAAAGAGUGGCCAACAGCAAACGCACCGCGGGCCGAGUUGGUAACAUCUGCGCGGCUUGAGGGGGCUCCACUGUUUGUCUAUGGCUCAAUAUUGGGUUGGAAAUGUCCGCAAUUACUCCCGCUGGCACCUAGGGAACUGUUGCCGGUUUGGACGGCCAGAAAGAGUGACAUUGCUUUCGGUUUUGUGCAACUAAUAACAAAUAGGGCUCUCAAAGCUUGCAUUUGGUUGUUCAGUGAACCAUGCAGACUGGACAGGGUUUUCCGUCG